AUGUGGCCUCAGUCUAGAAGUCGACAGGCACAUCUAUCAUGGUUACCCGCUUUUUCUAAAAACAUCCCUCCACCACAUGCUGUUGAAGCUGUGCCUGGUAUCUACGUUAUUCGUGGUCGACAUAAUGGCGAUGUGAUACCUGGAAAAUGGCGCAAAGAUCUUGGUAAAGGCUAUAUAUCACAUGGCGGAAGUGAAGUUGAAUUAGACAGUUUCGAAGUGUUGUGCAAUACAAGUUUAAAGCCAACAGAACAUUUAUAUAAUUGGGUUUCAUCUACUGGAGGUCAUGUACCAGAUAAAGCAUUACAAGCUGGUGAAACAAGUUCAUCGGAACCUUUGUAUAUUGCUCGUCGUUUAGUGAAUAAUGAAAUGUGUAUUGGUAAACUUCAUCCGUCACAUGGUUGUGCAUAUUUUCCAUGGGGUGGUGAAGAACACUCGCACACAAGUUAUGAAGUAUUGUGUUUCCUAGAUUGA